AUGAGUUAUUAUUCAGACAUUCUCCACCCUCAAAGAACUCAGCAGACCGGAUGUCCAUUAUUAACAGAAAGGCCAUGGGAUGAGUCGCUAAUGAUGGAAGUCAGGGACGUCACACAGAAGUUCUUUCAGCUCGCUCACGAGGAAAAAUUGAAGAUCAAAAUGACACCUCAGAGUGAUUAUAGAGGGUAUCAGAGAGUGGGAGAAAAUGUUACCAAGGGUAAACCUAAUAUGCAUGAAGCAAUUCAAUGCUACAUGCCUAUCGAACCGGGCAGAUAUGGUAAUCAUGCUAAACCAAUGGAAGAAUCUAAUUUGUGGCCAGAUUAUCCAUCAAAUUUUGACACGCUGCUGGAAAACUAUAUAAGCCUUCUACAAAAUCUUUCAAGGAAGAUCAUGCGAGGCAUAGCCUUGGCACUGGGCGCGCAGUUGGAUGCUUUCGAAGGCGGAACAACAGGAGAUGCUUUCUGGGUUCUCAGAUUGAUUGGCUAUCCAUUCUCAGCUGGCAUCCCACCACGCAUUGAUAUUGGAUG